GUUCACGGAACAAUCGAUUAUUUUGAAGGAUGGAAAUUAUGUCGAAAGAGACUCAUAUGGAUCGAGAUUUAGAUCUCUCUAAUGCUAAUAGAGGUGUCUGGCUUGUCAAAGUCCCCAAAUAUGUUUCUGAACGAUGGGAAAAGGCCCCUGGAGAUAUGGAAGUUGGUAAACUUAAAAUUGCUAAACCCGUUGGACAAAAGGCACAAGUUUCCCUUACACUGUCUUCAGCUAUUCUUAACCUCAACGAACCUGGUCAAGAAAGUAUUCCCAAAGAUCACAGACUUGAUGUGUCCACAGUUACACAACAAACUUUGGGAGUAUUUUCACAUGUUAUACCUGUAAACACAGAUGCUGUUAUACCAGAAACAGAGAAAUUGUAUAUGGAAGGCAAGAUAGUACAAAAACUGGAAUGUAGACCAUAUGCAGACAAUUGUUACAUGAAACUAAAGUUAGAGUCAAUAAGAAAAGCUUCACUACCAGCAAGGCAAGUUAAACAAUUGGACAGAGUGGUGCAAACGUACAAACCUGUGUCUGAUCAUAAAAAUAAUAUUGAAUACAUGGAAAGAAAAAAAGCAGAAGGCAAAAAGGCUCGUGAUGAUAAGGAUGCAGUUCUUGAAAUGUUGUUUGCGGCAUUUGAGAAACAUCAGUAUUACAACAUAAAAGACUUAGUAAAAAUUACGAAACAACCUAUCACCUAUUUGAAAGAAAUAUUAAAAGAAGUCUGCAAUUAUAAUUUGAAGAAUCCUCAUAAGAAUAUGUGGGAACUCAAACCUGAAUAUAGGCAUUACAAACAAGAAGAAGAAAGCGAUACUAAAAAGAAUGACUCUGAUGAUGACUAAAUGCAAUUUCAAGUAUGCACAUUUUUGUAUUUAUUUAGAGUGAUUAUGGUUAAAGUAAUUUUUUCAAUCUAUUAUCCCCUCCAAUUAAAUAACAUUCAGGAUUGAUUCCAAAUUGUCUUUAAGUAUUCUGAUCUUAGUCUCUAACUAUAUCGGAGUUUUUUAAUACAAAAUAUAUUACAAAUUGUAUUUUAUGAGUUAUGAUGUGCCUUGCAAAAUUGUGCUUGGGUUCUUUGAAGAUGUAGUAUAACCCAAUUUUCACAUUUUGAAUAUUUAGCUCCAUUUGUUGAUAAAUGAGUUGAUUUAUUUAUCAUUUAAUGGUGCAAGUUUCCUUCAGUUAGCUUUCUAAAUUCUGAGUCAGGUGUCUUUAACAUGAAAUGAUAUCCAGAUAUGUAACAACCUUCAUAUUUUUUUUCAGCUCAAGGUAUUCUCUAAUCUGGUUUAAAAUCUUAGGUAGCUUCAUUGCUCUGGAUGUAGUUUUCAACAUUUACCAGAACAUACUUAAUAUCACUCCAGUAACGAAUUUCUGAGUUGAGAUGUUUGAAACUAUUGCUGCCCUUAGUAACUCAGGUUUAGAUAAUUUGGAUGAAUUCCUAUUGAAAAAGUAACUGAACAUAUUGUCUGUUUAAUUCACAAAUCUCGAAACUCUAUAGCAUUAAAUUUUACAGUAGACAUAAAAACUUAUUAAUGGAAAAAAUCGCUUGAAGAUUUGACCUGUUUUUAUCUUAAUAAAGGACAGAAAUAGUGGUCAUAUAUCAUAUUUCAAUAAAAUAAUUGAAGGAAAAAGGUACAGGUUGAUUAACAAGGAUUGCAGUUAGCUUUAAACAAAAUAGGGGUUUUGAGUUGAUGUUCUCUAUUUCGACUUUUAAAUUGUAUAUUUUCUUGAGCCUUCACGAGUUUUUUUGUUAGAUGCGUUCAGAAAUUAUGUGUCUAAUGGUAUCAAAAUGUUGAUAUAAGAAAAAACGGAAUUACGUGGUUUGCGACCUAAGCUGACGAAUAUUUGUUCCAUAAUUCAUAAAUAGCUGACCAAAUAGUGGUAUUUAUAUUACUAGGGGAUGGGUAGUUAAUAAAUAAAUUUUAUGUAAAAAUUUUAGAUAGUAAAUAACCACAUUGAAUUAUUGUAUAUGGAUGAAUUUGAAACAUUGUUAAUAAAAAAUGUAAUUAAAUGUAUUUUUAUUACCUAUUACAAAAAGAAGCUUCUCAAAUAGGAACAGUUGGUAAUAUUCUUAAUUUUUACUACCAUUGCACUAACGAUCAAAAUUACUGUUUGUACUUGGAUCUUUCUAUAAGUCACUGGUUAAUAUCUGGUAUAAUGAACCUGGGUGAAAGUUGGUGUAGUGGUAAUGAGCACUAUAUUCAGUAUAUUUCUCAAAACUGAUUUGUUAAUUUUGUCCACCAAAAAGGCAAGAUACAAAAAUCCCCCCUUAUUGGAAAAUUUAGCUCCUGUGGACUAAAAGUCAUGUAUGUUGGAAUCGAAAAGUACAAAAAAUUGUAAUUAAGAUUGAAUAGAAAGAAUCACAUCAGAUCUUGAAUUAUAUGAUAAUAUAAAAGGAAAAAUUAUUUAAUAAUUUUGUUACAGAAUAGAAUUAUGUACAUUGAAAUAUUUUAGAAAAUUACAUUUUUGAUAUAAAAUAAAGACUUAGUGGAUCAACUCGAUAAUUGGAGACAGAAACACAGGCUGAAUAAUAUAUGUGACAAAUAUACUAUGUUGAAUAUGCAGAGCCCACAAUAACGGUCACAGUAGCCUGGAAACUAGCACAUGCUAAAUGGCACACAUUCCAGGUUUAGCAGAAAGUCGCACCAAUAUAUUCAUCAAUUAUGGUAUGAGAAUUGUUGGAAGUAGUUCAAUUGAACCAUUUUAUAAAUCAACAUCAAUUAUAGUGUAAAACAUGGUACAAUGUAGUUCAUACCAACCACUUUAUAAGUCAACAUUAACUAUAGUAUUCAGCUUGUUUGGAAUUUGUUCAAAUGAACGAUCUCCUAAGUUAACAUCAAUUAUGUUAUGAGACUUGAUGGCAGUAGUUCAAUUAAACCAUUUUAUAAACCAACAUCAAUUAUGGCGUGAAACAUGGUUCAAUGUAGCUCAUACCAAUCACUUUAUAAGUCAACAUCAAUAGUAUUCAGCUUGUUUGGAAGUAGUUCAAAUGACCCAUCUAGUAAGUUAAUAUCAACAGAUAACCAGAUGUAGUGGCUGUUUAAAAUAAACUGUCAAGUGUAAUUUUUUUUGGUUUCCCCUGAAUGAAAAAUAUUUUGGGUAGUCGCUACUUCUUGCAGGUGUACUGUGAUAUAUAAGUGAAAAACUUCUGAAUUGAGAACAAAACUUCAACUGUUGCAGCACUUUUCAUUCAAAUGAAUAAUGAUAAAAAUUAAUUUAUUCUCUAUGCUAUGAGGUUAAUGAAAGACUAAAAAUAAAUAAAAA